AGUGGAGGAGAGCGAGGAGGAAGGAACCACAGAGGAACUGUUGUUGGAGCCGAGUCCAUUUCAUCUGUGAGAGGAUGUUGUUUGUGUGGCUCUUGGCGGGGUUUCUCUUCACUGACACAGGCGCCCCCUGCCCCAUCCAGCUGAGCCAUUCCAGGGUUGUGGUGAAGUACGGAGCCCCCGUGUGGGUCAACUGCAGCUCCACAGACCCCGUGUACAGCAGGAUGGGCUGGGAAGCUUCAUUGGGGGGAACCAGCCUUCAGCCAAGCCGCCAUUUGAUCUGGAGCGUGGACGCGCUAACGAGGUGGAAAAUCUCGCCCAUCUGCUACGUCAACCCACCGCCGGGAAGUUCCAGGAAGCAGUGCUCCAAGACGCUGGACGUGGUCGUUUACACGUUCCCAGAGAGCAUCAACAUCAAGCGGGAGUGGACUCCAGUCCGCAGUGCUGUGCUGGAAGAAGGAGACGUGCUUGACUUGAAAUGUGAGGUGGGCAAAAUAGCGCCCGUGUCCCAAGUCAGUGUGUGGUGGCACAGCAGCAGCAGCAAGGCAUCCAUCCAUGUGUCCAAACACCAUGCACACACCAAGGAACCUGUUCACCUCAUCUCCUCAUAUAAUUAUUCUGUUAAAAUGGAUGACCAGAUCCGAUGUGAGGCUCAUUUGGACCUGAGACCAGAGGGACCAGAACUCAGUGUCUUUUCACCAGUGUUCAAUAUCUCUGUUGUUGCCGGACCAGACUUUGAGUGCUCUGACAGGGAAGUUCUCAGAGUGCAGGAAGAUUCUAUGAGGACCCUGGAGGACCUCUGCCCUGUGAAAGGCAAUCCCACCCCAGUGGUCAAAUGGCUAAAAGACGGGAGGACGGUGAACUCCUGGGUUCCUGUGACCAGGGACUAUUCAGGACAGUACAUCAUCCAAGCAGAAGGCGCCAAGUCUGCCACCAAGCGGGUGGAGCUGGUGGUCCUGCAUGACGACGUACAGGUGACGUGUCCAGUCCUCCACCACGUGAUGGAGCACACUUCUCUGGGCCAGAACCUCCCCUGCUCUGUGGAGGGCUUCCCUGAGGCGCAGGUCAGCUGGUACAAAGAUGGAGAGCAGGUGGAGCUCUCGGAGCCCCUGACCAGAUAUGACGCGGGGCCGUACGUGGUGCUUGCUUCCAACAUGUACUCCGGCGCCAACGCCACAGUGGAGCUGGACGUUCAAUACGAGCCGUCAGCCAUCGAGGAGCUGCUGGAUGUUGUGGCUGAGCUGGGCUCCGACGUGUGGCUGAAGUGCUCCGCCAGAGGCAACCCUCGACCCGACUACAUCUGGACUAAUGACCACGGCGACAAUAUUCAGGCCAUAAUUGAAGAUGGAGUGUCACGUUUGCCGAUCCCAAAUGUGGCCGUGAACGACACGGGCACCUACACGUGCCACGCCCGUAACCUGGCAGGCAACACUUCUCGAAGUGCCCGAGUCUCUGUGAAAGUUCCCCAGGUGUGCGAGCAGACAGACUUAGCGUGCGGCUCCACUUGCGUCCCUAAAAGUCUCAUCUGUGACGCCGUGAAAGACUGCUUGGAUGGCUCGGACGAGGCUCUGGAGUUAUGCCCUAUGGCCGCCGGGGAAGCCCACGAAUGCCCCAUUAGGAUACACCCCGAGGUCCUGGUGCUACAAUACAAAAGCCAUGGGCAGAAUGUAACAUGCUUGCCCACACUCGCCGCGGGCUCUGGAAACUACAUGAAAACCAAGUGGUUAGAUGGGCGUGGCGUCCACAGCAAGACAUGGUCUCCUGACACCUGCAAAGACUGGGACCCUCAUCCUGUCUGCUCCGCUGUGUUCCAGGAGAGAACAAUCUGCCAGAAACAUCUGAACUUCACUCUCUACAAAAUGCCAGACAGCGUCGCCAUCCGUCCUGAGGAGAACGUGAGCCUUGGUGAGGGCACCUUGUGGCAGCUGCAUUGUGACAUCAUCAACGUGGCUCCCGCACACCGCCUAGCUGUGCGCUGGUACCACGGCAAUGAAACAUUAGAACCGGCGGUCAGAGGGCCACUGCGAUUGGCUGACUGCCUGCCUGGAAGGGACGCCAACAGUACGUGUGACAUCAGCGCCAUCAGGACGCCGGUCAACGUGUCUUCUAGUGCCAGCGUCCGUCUCCACCAAAACCUUAAGGAAGCUCGUUUGCGGUGCGAGGUGUACUUGGAGCUGGGAGCAGGGGGGCCGCAGCCCCCUCCCUCCAUGAUGUCUGGUCCUGUCAGCAUCACCGUCCACUACAAGCCCGUCAUCAACACCACCAAACUGCCCACGGUGGUGCCGCUGUUCCGAGGUUACCCCGAGGAGCUGGUCUGCGAGGCGGAUGGCCACCCACCGCCGGAGAUCGACUGGAUCCACGUUGCAGACGCUCGUGUCUCGGGGGGCAACAUCACGAUUUCGGAGGCAGGCCUCUACACCUGCAGGGCCUCUAAUUACCUGGGCGUAGUCUUCUAUAAGGUUGAAGUCAUUCCAAAAGAGGACUACCUGCCCCUCAUAGCUGGCUUUGUGGCGGCCACGGUGGUGAUCAUCUCCGUCAUCUUCCUCUUCAUCUACUCCAUCUACUACAAGAACACCAAGAUGCGGCGCUACAGCCUGAAAAACCCCAAAGUGGAGCUGCAGACGGGCCACGUGGCCCACAACGGCUGGGACCUGCAGUUCCCCAUGACCAAGCUAACGCAGCAAACUUUCGGUCGAAGGACUGUCUCCAGUUUGCGGAAUGCAUCUUUUUUUUUACAUAUUUUUGAAGACAAUUUAGUCGGGAAAGUGCUCAUAUUUGGCGACGUGGCGAUGUGGUGCUUCAUAUUCAUCUGCCUAGUCGGCUGUACAGCAAAGACGGCGAGCGCCUCCUGUCCGGUGGAAAUGAGUCCCGGUGAAGUGGUGGUGCCCUUCGGCAGCUCCUUCUCCGUCACCUGCAGGGCCGUAUCUGACCAAGUGAGAGGUAUGGGCUGGGAGUCUCCAUUUGGGGGCACAGGACUAAAGGAGGGCGUGACCAACGUCACCUUGCGCGUCGACUCCUUGAGAGGAUGGCGAGUGAACACCAUCUGCUUCGCCAACCUCAGAAACGGCACUCAGUGCUCCAAGAUUCUCCCCGUCACCGCUUACAAAAUGGCCGACAACGUGACCUUAAGGAGCGAGUACGGCGCCAAGCCCACGAUGGAGGGCUUUACUUAUUCCUUUUAUUGUCGGGUCAUGAAGGUAGCGCCGGCACGUAAGGUCACGGUGCAGUGGUUCAAGGGGAACCAGAGCCUAGACCUGAUGACAGAACCGGGGGUUGGGAAUCAUGAGCCGGUGAAUUUGACGUUCAGGCAGGAUCUGCAGCUCCUAGGUGAGGACGACGGAGCGCAGGUGCGCUGUGAGGCCACGCUCGACCUGCGGCCAUCGGGGCCCAGACUUCCCACCGUGUCCUCGGAGCCAGUCCAGCUGAUUGUGCUUUAUCCACCUACCUUCCACCAAGAUGAUGAGAACCUGUCACUUCCUGUCGGGGGCAACAUGACUCUAAACUGCAGGGCCCGGGGAAACCCAGAGCCACGAUACAGCUGGACUCUCCCGGCCCCCCUGAAGAUGAGGACGGAAAAUCAAGCCAUCCUGACCUCGUCUUUCCAGCAUCCUGGCACUUACCAGUGCACCGCCGCCAAUUCCCAGGGCGCCGCUGUCAAACGCUUCACAGUCAGCGAAGCUCCAACAUCAGGUGACGGUUGCUCCUUGAUCCUCAAGCCCCCCAGAGUGGUGGUGGGCUUCGGCCAGCCCGUGUCGGUCAGUUGCGAGGCCGCCCGGCCCGUGCGGGUGCUGGGCUGGGAGUCGGCCGUCAGCGCGGCGCACACUCAGCAGGGCCCGAGCGUGCAGUGGAAGGUGGACAGCCUCAUCGACUGGAUCGACGAGCCCAUCUGUUACGGCGUCUUCUUCACCACGCCACGCCAGUGCGAGGAGAAGCUCAACCUCGUCCUCUACAAGAGCCCAGACAGUGUCACCAUCAGGACGGUGAACCACAGCGGUCCCAUGCAGGAGGGCAAGGAAUACCAGCUGCUCUGCGAGGUGCAGAACAUCGCUCCCGUCCAGUACCUCAACUUGAGGUGGUACAGAGGCCCCACCCAGGUGUACAACCGCUCCUUUUCUGACCUCACGUCCGCCUCGCCGGUGCAAGUGUCCUCCGUCCUGGUCAUCACGCCCACCAAAGCCGACAACGGUGCAUGCUACAGCUGCGUAGCAGAGCUGGAACUGGGACCGGAGGGACCGCAACCACCUCUGGCUGUCACCUCGCAGACCCUGAGAGCCUCUGUGCACUUCCCCCCAGUGUUCCAAAGUCCUGGAGCAGAAAGUGUGGACUUGACAGACGGUGGUGAAGUGACACUAAACUGCAGCGCUGCAGGAAACCCAGAACCCGCCUACAGCUGGUGGGCCCCCCAGGCCCUGCAGGAGCUGAGAGAGGAGGGCCACGCUGUGCUGGCCUCCUCCUCCUUGCUGCCAGGAACCUACACCUGCACCGCCUCCAACACCCUGGGCAAGAAGAGCAAGCAUUUCACCGUCAGAGCCAAGGAGGUGUGAAGGUGCGCUCUUUAAAGACUUUCUAACAUUAUUAGCAUUUCCCCUCAAACAGUGACAAUUGACUCCAAUAAAAGCAUCACCUCCCUCAUUGUGUCCCCUUCAGGCUGGAAUACCGUAUUUUCCGCACCAUAAGGCGCCCUGGGUUAUAAGCCGCGCCUUCAAUGAACGGCAUAUUUCAAAACUUUGUCCACCUAUAAGCCGCCCCGUGUUGUAAGCCGCAUCUAACUGCGCUAAAGGAAUGUCAAAAAAACAGUCA